AUGGAAAAAUACGAUCAUCUCUUCAAAAUCGUUUUAAUUGGGGACUCUGGUGUAGGCAAAACCAAUUUACUCGAUCAAUUAACACGUAAAGGUUUUUCAGACGAAACUAAGGCCACAAUAGGUGUAGAAUUUGCCACUAAAACUUUCAAAAUAGAAAAUGCCACUAUAAAAGCACAAAUUUGGGAUACUGCAGGUCAAGAAAGAUAUAGAGCUAUUACUUCAGCUUAUUACAGAGGCACAUUGGGUGCACUCAUAGUAUAUGAUAUCACAAGAAAAUCUUCUCUCUCAAAUGCAACGCAGCAUUGGUUGACACAACUCAAAGAUUCAGCAGGAGAAGAUAUAGAGAUAAUUCUUGUUGGUAAUAAAUCCGACUUAGAAAAUGAACGUGUGUUAUCGACUGCAUUUGGCAGUGAAGCUGCAAACUCAAACAAUUUAAAUUUUAUAGAAACAUCUGCUCGGGAUGGCACAAAUGUAGAAGAGGCUUUUCAUGAUCUGAUUGCAGGUAUCUUUAAGCGAAAAAGCCUUUCAGAUCCGGAAUAUAAAGAAAUGAUACAGAAAUCGGAGCCUGUCACAAAACCCGUCAAUCUGAAGAAAAAACCUAAAAAAAGUUGCUGUUAA